UUAAGUCAUUUCAAAAGUCCAACUCCAAAAUAAAAUAUGGCCAAUCUUACUCUUCACUUCUUACUAGUUUUCUUGUCCUUCCAUUGUAUUCUCGCAAUCAUUACUGAGUCUGUCACGUCUCAAAAUUCAAACACCACGAAUUUCAUAAUGACCUCUUGUAAAACAACUUUAUACCCUACCAUAUGUGUUCAAUCUCUCUCCGCCUACGCAAACACCAUUCAACUAAACGAGCAACAACUUGCUCAUGCAGCAUUAUCGGUGAGUUUAUCGAAGGCCAAAAUUGCUUCAACAUACAUUUCAAUGGUCACAAGAAUGAGGGGCCUAAAGACAAGAGAAUUACAAGCUGCUAAAGAUUGUUCAUUCAACAUGAAUGAUUGUGUUCAUCAACUUAAUCGAUCGAUCCCCGAGCUAGGGCAAAGUGGUAAAUUAGCAUCAAGAAGAGAGGAAUUUACUUGGCAUGUUAGUAAUGUUCAAACUUGGAUUAGUGCUGCACUUACUGAUGAAAAUACUUGUCUUGAUAUGUUUAAUAAUCCUUCUAUGGAUGGAAAAAUUAAGGAUUCUAUUAGGGUUAGGGUUUUUGUUGCUUUACAAGUUACUAGUAAUGCACUUGCUUUGGUUUAUCAAUUUGCAGAGAAACACUCAUAAAGUGUCAUCUUGCUAGCAAUUUUUUUCUAUGUACUUUUAGCCAUUUAGGUGUUAAAACUAAUUUUACAAACAAAAAGUUAUGUAUAUGUAUGGACAUGUUGAAAUUGAUAAUAAGUAGUUGA